AUGUCCGCUAACAUGGAGGGAUUCGAGGAAUCGCGAAAGGGCAAGGAAAUUGCUGUCGACACCAUCAAGCCCGGAAAGGAUCAUCUGCCCUGGGUCGAAAAGUACCGACCCGACACUCUGGACGAUGUUACAGGCCACGAGGGAGUAGUGACCACGCUCAAAAAGUUGCUGGCCAACAAAAAGUUCCCGCAUCUGCUGUUUUACGGUCCUCCCGGUACCGGAAAAACGUCCACCAUUCUUGCGGUGGCGCGAGAGAUCUACGGACCCAGCUACAAGAGCAUGGUGCUGGAGCUCAACGCGUCCGACGACAGAGGAAUCGACGUGGUGCGAGACCAGAUCAAGGUGUUUGCCAGCUCGCGGCAGAUUUUCCAGCGUGGUGGCGAAGAGAAUGCGCGAUCCAACUUCAAACUGGUCAUUCUGGACGAGGCAGAUGCUAUGACCAACGUGGCUCAGAACGCCCUGCGACGAGUCAUUGAGCAGUACACCACCCAUACCCGAUUUUGCAUUCUCGCCAACUACACACACAAGCUGAACCCCGCGCUGCUAUCGCGAUGCACACGGUUCCGAUUCAGCCCUUUGCCCGAGGCAGCCAUCGACAAACGAAUCAUGCAGGUCAUUGACGCGGAAAAGGUCAAGAUUGCGCCCGACGCCAAGGCAGCGCUGCUGGAGCUGUCCAAGGGAGACAUGAGACGGGCUCUCAACGUGCUGCAGGCGUGCCACACGGGUCUGGAGCACCCUGGAAAGGACACAAUCACUCUUUCACAAGUAUACUUGUGUGUUGGGUCGCCUGACCCAGCAGACAUUGACACGAUUCUGACUUCGAUCCUGAACGACGACUGGACCACAGCUUACGACACCGUUUCCACUCUGAAACGAGAACGAGGUCUGGCACUGGUGGACAUUCUGGAGAAGCUGUCUGCCGAACUGAUGGCACUCAAUCUGAAGGAGAAGACCAAGAUUGCACUCUUGUCCAAGCUUGCCGACAUUGAGUACCGGUUGGCCAACGGAGGCUCCGAGAAGAUCCAGACCAGUGCUGCCAUCGGUGUUAUUAAGGACUCUAUGGAGUUGGAGGUUUAA